AUGCGCACAUCGCACGACCAUAUAUUAGUACUUGAAGUCCAUAUCGAAACAGGAAAACUCAUCAUGAACACCACUUCCUGGCGGAAAAACCGUUACCACGGCGAACCGGACUUUAUCCCGUUGACGUACAGCGACGGUAUUCGUGAACGCCGUCCGAAUAGAAUGGCGGACAAUAACACUUUCGGCAGGGUGUACGUAUUUUGAAACAAAAAAUUAGUACAUUGUAGUUAAUAACCUUGCGAAAAUACACCUAAAUAACGCUCGCUGCUUGAUUUUUUUUAGAAACCACGAAGACUGGCGGACAGCGUCACGAGGCGGCGGUUCGAAUGACCGGAUGGUGAAAACUGAGUGCACCAGGACUCGGCCAAACCGGAUAUUACUCGUACACGGGUUGGAGAUCCUGGCUAUCAACUGUGACUGUGUCUUCAACCUGUUUUGCCUAUACGGCAAUGUGACCACGGUCAAGGUGCUUCGGGACGGUAAGGUGCUAGUCGAGAUGGAGGACGUUGAAUCCGCUAAACGGUGCGUGAUCAACUUACACCAACUACCGUUAGACGACAACCACAGGAUGAAAGUCAAGUGAGUAUAUAUACGAACGCUAUUAUAAUGGAUAGGCCAUAUCGAACUCUACCACAAAGGAAUCCAUUGUUUGAGAAUAAAUUGGGUAAAACAUUGCUGUAAAAAAGCUGUUUUUAUAAUAUUAUUAAAUUUAAUCACAUUUAAUAUUUACCGUGAAAUUAAUCGUUAUAAUAUUAUUAGAACACGUUGUAUAUAAAUAUUAACCAUACUAAAAUCCGGAUAAUAAAUAAUAAAAUAAUGUACUUGGAGAAAAAUUGUAUAGUGUAGUGAGAAAUCGUAUUUAAUUCAAUAAUAUUUUAAAAGUAUCAGUGUAGUUUUUUUUUACAUUUUUAAUACCUAUAUUAUACCUGUCGAUAUUAUUAUGUCGUGUUUUAUUAUAAUUGUGUUAGAAUCUCUGCCACCUACUGUGCUUAUGGCUGUCACGACCGAAGUGAAAAUAGAUUAAAAGUAGAACAAAGGCUGGUACAAUUUGAUUGAAAAAUGACUACUAUCUAAUCAAUUGGUCACUUUUUUUUUAUUUGAGGUCUCUAACUAUUGUGAUCACGCUUAAAAACAAAAAAAAAAACAAAAUAGGAACCAGUAUUGAUAAAUAGUCGGCUCCCACCUUUUUAUUAAAAUACAUUAAAAUUUUUUUUUAAGGCAUUUUUCUUAUUUUUGGAUCAUUUAAAUCCGCACCCUAGCACUAGAGUGCGGAUUUAAAUGACCCUAUAUUAAUAUUAUGAUACUCGAUUAUUUUGUACUAAUAACAGUAAAUAUAAUUAUUUGUACAAUAUUUUAUACCUAACCUAACUUACUUAUAAUAAUUUACUGUGUCUUGAACUUUGGAUACCCAUUUUCUGCAAACUCGUUAAUGGUAUAGGCGCCACUGGUUUUAUAGACAUAAUUUCGGACCGUGUACAUUAGUAUAAUAUUGUUAUUUGUUUAUAAUAAUGUAUUUACAAUGUAAUAUUAAUAUAUUUAUUGGAACUUUAAAAUCCAAUUAUCCAAUGACAAUCAAUAAAACCGUUGACGAACGGUUUCAGGUAUUCAAAACAUUCGUUUAUUCACGACCAAAUAGCAUUCAACACGUUGCCGGACGGCACGCCUGCUCACAAAAUCUAUUCAGCGAGCAAACUGAACAGGUUCACCGACAAUGGAAAUUGCUACGACAGACGUCGAGUCGCGGCCCCGUCAAAAGUACUUAUCUUUAUAAUAAUAUUAUAUAAUUGAUGAAGGGGUCAAUGGGCAAAGGCACUAGCGGGCAUUUUUGUUUGUUUUAAAAAUUAAUGUCAUAUUUUAGAGCUCCUUAUUUCAUACAUUUUCAGUUUCAAAUUUGUUCAACAAAUAUUUUCCGAGAUAAUAAGUAUUUUAUCGAGUAUUAAUCACCUUGUAUUUAUGGAGACAUUCAAUUAAUAAUAAUGAUAUAUUACGUACUCUAAUUUGUAGUUUUUUUUUGUGGACUAUUAUUUGUCGUUAUUUUUCGUGAAUAAUGUUAUAGUAAAUUUUCCGUUUAAAACCAUCUUUUUGAACAGUUUUUAAACGUCCUAAACGAAUCUGUUCCUUUAUUUAUUUUUAGAUUUUACAUUUCUUUAACGCGCCAACCGACGUGUGUGGAUUGACCGUUCACAAAGCCGUGUUGGAUGCCAUCGGUUGCGUGGACGUCAUAAAUUCCAUAACAAUUCGUACGUUUAUGAAUUUGACACUCUUACAUAACUAAACUAAUUCGUUAUUUCGCAUUUACAGUGCCCAUGAAGCGGAUGGCCAAGUGUUCGACAGGACUGAUUGAACUCAAGAGUAUCGCGCUUGCUGCGAGAACCGUUUUGAUGGCAAAUCAUAUGACGUUGAAAUCCACAAGUAAGUGUAUCCAACAAUUCCCGAUAGUCAUUUUUCCCGAAUGGUAAAUUUCCUGAAUAGUUCUAGGAAAAAAAGUGUUUUUAUUAGUACGUACGAAUGACUAUUAUUUAUAAAAAUUAGCAUUCAACUAUUGAUCCAACUAUUAUAUUUUUAGCUGAUCUUUGACUUUUCGUCCUAUAGGCUGAGUUGUAUUGAUGUUAAAAUUCUUCGAGAUUAGAGUGUAGAUCUUGAUGAUAAUUUUAUAUAAAAAUCGGAAUAUACAGUUAUAUUCCAUCCCACGCCCAUAUGAUUACCGUUGUUUAAUCUGACAUAUUUUUUUGAAUUUCCCAUUCGUUUGUUUCCCCUGUGAUCUAUGCCCGAUCGUAAUUUUUUGUAACAAAUCUAAAGAUAUUUUCGAUUUGCAGAGCGGUCCGUUAAUAGAACGUAAGUCUUAUAUCACUACCACUGCACUGACCAGCAAUUGCCUACCUUAUGUUCUAUUCGGGAAAUAUACUAAAAUUUCAGCCAUGCGUACUGUUUCGUAAUCUAUCUCACGUUUACUUCACAGUUAUCAUACCCACAUAAUAGACUUAAAACGAGUUGUAUACAAGAAUUAAAAAUAAAAAAUUCGAGAACCUAUAUGAUAUAAUAUCGAUAAAGCAUUGGAUAAAAAAUAAUUGUAUUUUGCUCAUAAAUUCAUAGACGGUUGCAUAAACCUAUAUUUAUAUACAUUUUCGUGAUUGUGGUUUCAUGGUACCUAUAGAAUUAUAAUUUACAAUGAUAAUUAUUCAGUUGCUAUCAUGAUGAUAAACACAAAUUGUUUUUACAAAUUAUUCAAGUAAAUUUAUUUUCAUGUUAUGAUUAUACUAGUGGAAAAUGUUAAAUGGAGAAAUAAUUAACACAUACCGAAACUUGUACGAUAAGAAAAAAUUGUAAAAUAUAGGUCAUACUGGUUAUCGGUUCAAAUGUUCAAUAGAGUUAUAAAAUUGUUUUUAAUAUUAUAAUGAAAGCAAAAUCGGGCCUUCCAAUUUUCUAUCCGAAAAUAUGUUAUCUUUCGAGUUGAUGAAUAAUACAAGUAGUUUUUCCAAAAGCCAAUAACUUUAUCGAAUCGAUUACGGUGUUAUCCGUUCGAUAACAAUAAUAAUUGAUCGUUUAUGUUAUCAGACAGUAAUGUAAUUACACCUACAUAUAGUUAUCAAAUUUUCCUCGAAAAUAAUCAGCUGGAUUGAAAUCGUACGAUAUUUUGUUUGAAUUUCAAUAAUUUUUGGCAUGUUGUUUUGGGAGGAAAGUACCCGAUUACAUACCUACAGGUUCCCCAAAUGAAGCCAAGGGGAGGACAUUUUGGAUAUUUAAGUAUUUUUAACUCUCAACGAUUUUUGUGCUCCGAUUUCACGUUUUCACUGGAAAAUGUGUAUAGGUAUAUAAUGAGAACUGUUGUUGAGGAUGUAGGUUUAGACCCCCCUCCAUAUUGUCUGUAUUUUAACGAAGAUCUAGAGAACUACUUUAUCUUGUUUCGAUACCAAUUUUAAUGUUUAAUUAAAUGUAUAUACAAAAAAAUUUAACAUUGUAACGGCAACAAGAAGUCAUCUUGGGUAUAGUUUCGGCUCCAGUAACGGACAUCCGGUGCUUAUGUGUUUUUCUUAAUAUAUUGUUGCUUUUUUUUGUUUAUAGAAUCGAAAUUUCCGUUUUUAACAAAACUGUGUUUUUCCAAAUGGUCCGAGAUCCAACAGACACCCGCCAUCGACUCGGCAGCCACUUUGCGGUUCAGUAGCGCUCCCCGCAUGCCGUGGAUGCUGCACAAAUCCGAACACCCCAUACCCACCACGGAAUUCCCGAUUUCCGAGACGACGGUGGUGACCGGCCGCGGCAGCGGUGGGCGCGGUGCAGGCGAUGACAGUCCAUGGACCCUAUGGGCCGUGCAAAGCGAAGAGUCGGCCGCGGCACCGGCGACGAGGACGGUAAAUACGGACGACGCGUCCAUGUUUACGACGACCUCAAACGACCACCGAUCGGACGGACACGCUGCCGAACAGCGACAUCAACGGCAACAGUUUCCGGACAGUCUGAUGGAUAUGUUAAGAACCCGUUUGUGCCAAAGUGUAGUCACAACAGUCGGUGAUGGCGGCGAUGCCAUACAGAUCGUCGACGACAACGCGCCAUCCUCCUCCGCCUCGGCUGACGGCAAUCACGCGCCAUCCUCCUCCGCCUCGGCUGACGGCAAUCACGCGCCAUCGUCGCACGUUGCGUAA